AUGCCUUUAACAGAGGAAAGGCAGAUUCAUACUAACAUUGACAAUUACAUCUCUGCGAUAAUCACCAAUGUUGACAACAGAUUUCCCACAAGUUCUGUUAAUGUUCUGGAUGCAUUCUCUAUUUUAAAUGUUGAACAGCUUGCUCCUGAUCCAGAAUCCAUGUUAUUCCAGUUUUAUGGUGAUAAAGAAAUAGAUGAUCUGAAGAACCAUUUAUUUCAAUCUGAUUUACAAGAUCAAGAGAAACUUCUUUGUGAAUGGCGAUCUUUCAAAUUCUAACUAAUAGAGCUUAGGAAGAAAUGGCUUCAUUUCAAAGACCAGGUUAUCGUAAAUAAACUGAAGUUAAACUAUAUAGCAACAGAAUGGGUACUUUGUCAGGUUUUGGGUCAGUUCCAGGAAGAAUUUAGUCAUGUUGUGGCAACGGCAACAGAACGUGGUGGUAGAGCAAUUAAGCGCAUAAAAGCUAGAUCUCAAAGCGAAAUGAAAAACGACAUGUUAGAAGCUCUUAUGAUGAUAUCAAUGAAUGGUCCAACUCCAAACAGUGAAUUGGCUAACAAACUCAUCAGGAAGGUUGCUGUGCGUUUUGAAUCAAGCCGCUGA